UGAGUCCUGUGUUGUUGAGAAGGUCUGUGGUGGUGUUGGGGCUGGACUAUAUCUCCUGUUUUUAGGCCUAUUAGGAAGAACACCUGGAUGCAUCUGAAAGAGGAAAUGGAGCCUGUGACCUUUGAGGAUGUGGCUGUGAACUUCAGUCUAGGAGAGUGGGCUCUGCUGGAUUCCAGUCAGAAGAAGCUCUACAGAGAUGUGAUGACAGAAACCUUCAUGAACCUGAUCUCCAUAGGGAAAACAGAAGAAAACAUUGAAGAGGACUAUGCCAACGGCAGAAGUCUGAGAACUCAGAUGAUUGGGAGAGAUUGUAAAUAUGAAAAUAGUUUUCAGUAUGGAGAAGCCCAUCGCCGAAUUCCAGAAUAUGUUGUUAACAAGGGCAUGCCUUCUGCAACAGCAGUGUAUGAAAGCAAUGUGUGUGCAAGAGGCAUCCGUGCUCACUCCCCUUCGCGUGUGCAUCUCACAGAUGAAACUGGAGCGGAACCAUCUGAGAAUAAGGAACAUGUGCAUGUAGCUUUUCAGUAUGAGAAACGUUAUGCAGAUGUCACUUCUGAGCCCUCUCACAUACUAGAAGGUCCUAGAGAGAUAGUUUAUCAAAAGAAACAGCCUAGUGAAGCCUAUAGGAUUCUCACUUCUGAUCAAAAUUAUGAGAGAAUUGACAGUGAAGGUACAUAUAAUCCGUUUGAAAAAGCCAUCCAGAGAUAUGCUUAUUUUCAGAUGUAUGAACAACUCCACACUAGAGUGAAACCAUUUAUGUGUAAGCAAUGUGGGGAAGCCUUUGUUCAUUUCAGCCAACUUGUCUACCAUGAAAGAAUUCAUACGGGAGAGGAAUGUUAUGUGUGUAAUCAGUGUGGAAAAGCAUUUAGACACUAUUCAUACCUCCAGAAACAUGAAAGAAUUCACAGUGGAGAUACACCUUAUGUGUGUAAGCAGUGUGGCAAAGCCUUUGUUCGUUCCUCACACCUUCUUGUCCAUGAAAGAAUUCACACUGGAGAGAAACCUUAUACAUGUAAGCAUUGUGGGAAAGCCUUCAGUCAUCACAGUGCCUGCUACAGACACGAAGUCAUUCACACUGAAGAGAAACCCUAUGUCUGUAAGCAAUGUGGGAAAGCAUUUACUUGUUCUACAUCCCUUCGCAAUCACGGAAGAAUUCACACUGGAGAGAAACCUUACGCAUGUAAGCAGUGUGGCAAAUCCUUCAUCCAACGUGAUGCUUGCUACAAUCAUGAAAGAACUCAUACUGGAGAGAAGCCCUAUGUGUGUAAGCAGUGUGGGAAAGCAUUUACAUGGUCCACAUGCCUUCGCAACCAUGAAAGGACUCACACUGGAGAGAAACCUUACACAUGUAAGCAUUGUGGAAAAGCCUUCACCCAUUCCAGUACCCGGUAUAGUCAUGAAAGAAUUCAUACUGGAGAGAAACCGUACGUUUGUAAAAAGUGUGGCAAGGCAUUCAUUCAUUCCAGUCAUCUUAUCAGCCAUGAAAAGAUCCACACUGGGGAGAAACCGUAUCCAUGCAAGCAUUGUGGGAAAGCCUUCAUUCAACGGAAGGCGUGUCACAAUCAUGAAAGAACUCAUACUGGAGAGAAACCCUAUGCAUGUAAAUAUUGUGAAAAAGCAUUUAGGUGUUCCACAUACCUUCGGAACCAUGAAAGAACUCACACUGGAGAGAAACCUUAUAUAUGUAAGCAUUGUGGAAAAGCCUUUACACAUCAGAGCGCCCGUUACCGUCAUGAACGAAUUCACACUGGGGAGAAACCCUACGUGUGUAAAAAAUGUGGGAAAGCAUUCAGUGAUUGUAGCUACCUUGUGAAACAUGAAAGAAUUCAUGGAGAGAAACCUUACACAUGUAAGAAUCGAGAAGCUUUUAUGUGUUCCACAUUCCUUUACACACACCAGAAAAGAACUGAGAAUUUUACAGCAGUGUAUCUGGUGGCCUUGUCUGUGCACAACUUAUAUGCAUGAAAGAAAUGUGAGAACAGCUCACAAAGACCCAUUAUUUAAAGUGUAUAUACAUAUGGAGAACAAUUGAAAUUUUCAAAAGUGUAGUUGUAUCCCUGAUACGCAAGCAUAUAUAGGAUAAAAUCCUAUGGCACUGGGCAUGAUAGGAUGUGCCUUUUAUUCUAGCACUGGGCAAGAUGGGGAUGGUAAAGAGUAGAGAAUUAUAAUGGAUAUAGUGGAUUUGAACACCCCAUGGGAAGUUUGGGAUGAGCCAGUUACAAGCAAGUAGAAUUUUCUUUGCAAGAAGAAAAGAAAAAGCUAUAGAGACGGUUCAGCUGUUCAGAGCCCAUGCUGCUCUGCCGGGGGACCUGAGUUUGUCUCUCAGCAUCAACAUUGUGUGGCUUACAAGCAUCUGCAAUUCCAAAUCCAAGAACUGUGAUGCCCUCUUCUGGCCUCUAUAGGUAUAGAACACAUGUGAUGCAUAUACAUAUAAAUAAGUCUUUUUUAAAAAUUAUGUAUACAAAGCAAAUAGGAGAAACGUGGGUUGUUUUGUUUUGUUUUUUCAAAAAAGUCUGAAGUAUCAUGUAGUCUAAUCUUGUAAGAAUAAUAAAUGUGGAGACAACAAAUUUAUUUGCACAGGAUAUUUCUGGAAAUAACCUGGAGUACAGUAAAAUUAUGAUCAUUUUUAUCAUUGUCUGAUUCUUACAUGAGAUCUUUAGUUUGCAUUAUUUUUUUUUUUAUAUUUCUGAUACAAGACUUGGUGAAUAAUGUCAUGAUUUUGCCUGCCUAUAUUUCCUGGUUCUUGAACUGCUGAAUCUAACACGACACUGUCUCUAGCAAUCCAACCACAUCCAUAUAAAGAAACAUUUGCAUUGAGGUGAUGUAAGCUUGAUUAAUUAAUUACAGUUCGGUGGGUGUUGUUUAAUGAAGUGAGGCAGUGCUUUUUCUACCUUACUGUAGAGCUGUUGGAGUCAUUGAACGGAGAUACAUUUGUAAUAAAAUGUAUUUGUUGGCAAAUGUGCUUCAUUUGAAAGUGAAACUGUAAGCUGCUUAAAAGUGCUUUCUUGCUCUUACAUGUCAUUUUUAAAAAAUAUUAAUCCCUUUGCUAUUUCCUUACAUUUAUGUGAAAAAUGGAAUGUUUCUGGCAUUUGUAUAGAUUUUAUAUUUUGUGCUUUUUAGUGUAUGCGUUCUAAUAGGUGUUUUGUUUCUUUUUUGUUUGUAGAUAGGAUAUUACUAUGUAUGCUUGGCUGGCCUAGAGCUUACAUAGUUCCUGCCUUUGCCUCCAAAGAGUUGGAAUUAAAACUUACAC